UUUAUCUAAAACCUGAAAAUCUGCAGAGUCGCAUGGUGGCGCUGCAGGAUAAGAUGGUGAAAUUUUUGUAACCGCAGAUGCUCUGGUUUCCCUUAACCAUGGGAACUGAAAGCGCUGGAAAACCAGGAGAAAAUAGAUUUUCAAAAGGUAGGGCACCAUCAACACCUUCGCAAAAGGAUUACGAGUUUCUAGAUUCCCAAAGGUCCAGGCUGAUAGGUGAGAGGAGCAACUUUAAGAGCUGCUAGAGACUGAGUGGAAACGUUUUCGACAGAAAGACGUUUGGCUAAGGAGCCAUGGAGCCGGGAAAGGGAAGAGCUCAGCGGACAAGGCAAGUGCUGCUUUUCUUUGUUUUCCUGGGAGGGUCUUUGGUGUGUUCUGAGACGUGGAGCUAUUCCAUAGCAGAGGAAAUGGAGGUCGGCACGUUUAUAGCCAACAUGGUGAAAGACAUGGGUUUGGAUGUGGAAGACCUGGCUGCACGGGGGGCCAGAGUCAUCUUUGACGACUAUAAACCUUAUUUGCGAUUGGAUCCACAGAAUGGCGACUUGCUCUUAAAUGAGCAGCUGGACCGGGAGGCACUUUGUGAUCUCACAGAGCCAUGUAUAUUGCAUUUCCAGGUGUUAUUUGAAAAUCCGUUGCAAUUUUUUCGGGCUGAGCUUUUGGUCAAAGACAUAAAUGAUCACACUCCCACGUUCCUAAACAAUCAUAUACUUCUAAAAAUCUCCGAAGGUACUACUCUAGGAACCUUAUUCCAAAUAGAUAGUGCGCAGGACUUGGAUGUGGGAAAGAAUGGUGUUCAAAACUAUACAAUAAGUCCCAAUCCCCAUUUCCACCUUAAAUUACGAGACAGCGAUGAGGGCAGAAAAUAUCCAGAGUUGGUAGUGGACCAAUCCCUGGAUCGAGAAAAGGAGUCUGAGCUUAGUUUAACGCUAACAGCCGUGGAUGGCGGGUCUCCACCCAGGUCUGGGACGACACUGAUUAACGUUGUGGUCCUGGACAUCAAUGACAAUGCCCCUGAAUUUGAGAAGCCAGUCUAUGAAGUUCAUGUACCUGAGAGCAGCCCUCUGGACUCUUUGAUCAUCAAAGCGUCUGCUACAGAUUUAGAUGCAGGAAUAAAUGGAGAACUGUCUUAUUCAUUUUCCCACGUCUCCAGAGAUGUACGGAAAACAUUUGAAAUCCAUCCAAUUUCUGGCGAAGUCUAUUUAAAAGCACCUCUAGAUUUCGAGAUUAUUCAAUCUUAUGUCAUAAACAUUCAGGCCGUUGACGGUGGGAGCCUUUCUGGAAAAUCAAGCAUUUUAGUUCGGGUUGUAGAUGUGAAUGACAACCCGCCAGAAAUAGCCAUGACAUCUCUUACCAGCCCCAUACCGGAAAACUCUUCACCUGAGAUGGUGGUCGCUGUUUUCAGCAUACGAGACCAAGAUGCUGGAGACAAUGGCAGAAUGGUUUGCUCAAUUCAGGACAACCUCCCCUUUGUCUUGAAGCCCACCUUCAAGAAUUUUUACGCUCUGGUAACAGAACACCCACUGGACAGAGAGAUCAGAAAUGAAUAUAACAUCACCAUCACCGUGACCGACUUGGGGACACCCAGGCUGAAAACCGAGUACAACAUAACCGUGCUGGUCUCCGACGUCAAUGACAACGCCCCCGUCUUCACCCAAACCUCCUACACCCUCUUCGUCCGCGAGAACAACAGCCCCGCCCUGCACAUCGGCAGCGUCAGCGCCACAGACACAGACUCAGGCACCAACGCCCAGAUCACCUACUCGCUGCUGCCGCCCCAGGACCCGCACCUGCCCCUCGCCUCCCUGGUCUCCAUCAACGCGGACAAUGGCCACCUAUUCGUCCUCAGGUCGCUGGACUACGAGGUCCUGCAGGCUUUCGAGUUUCGCGUGGGCGCCGCAGACCACGGCUCCCCGGCGCUGAGCAGCGAGGCGCUGGUGCGCGUGCUGGUGCUGGACGCCAACGACAACUCGCCCUUCGUGCUGUACCCGCUGCAGAACGGCUCGGCGCCCUGCACCGAACUGGUGCCCCGAGGGGCCGAGCCGGGCUACCUGGUGACCAAGGUGGUGGCGGUGGACGGCGACUCGGGCCAGAACGCCUGGCUGUCGUACCAGCUGCUCAAGGCCACGGAGCCCGGGCUGUUCGGCGUGUGGGCGCACAAUGGCGAGGUGCGCACCGCCAGGCUGCUGAGCGAGCGGGACGCGGCCAAGCACAGGCUGGUGGUGCUGGUCAAGGACAAUGGCGAGCCUCCGCGCUCGGCCACCGCCACGCUGCACGUGCUCCUGGUGGACGGCUUCUCCCAGCCCUACCUGCCGCUCCCGGAGGCGGCCCCGGCCCAGGCCCAGGCCGACUCGCUCACCGUCUACCUGGUGGUGGCAUUGGCCUCGGUGUCAUCGCUCUUCCUCCUCUCGGUGCUCCUGUUCGUGGCGGUGCGGCUGUGCAGGAGGAGCAGGGCGGCCCCGGUGGGUCGCUGCUCGGUGCCCGAGGGUCCCUUUCCAGGACAUCUGGUGGACGUGAGCGGCACCGGGACCCUAUCCCAGAGCUACCAGUAUGAGGUGUGUCUGACGGGAGGCUCAGCAGCAAAUGAGUUCAAAUUCCUGAAGCCGAUAAUUCCCAAUCUCCUGCCCCGGGAUAGCGAAAUGGAGAAAGCCCCACCUUUCUGAAUGGCAUGGAGUGCAAUUAGGGAUCUGAUUAUGAUGCAGAACUUUUAGAAUGAGUCUAUUUCUAUGGCCGGGCGCGGUGGCUCAAGCCUGUAAUCCUAGCACUUUGGGAGGCCGAGGUGGGCGGAUCACGAGGUCAGGAGUUCGAGACCAUCCUGGCCAACAUAGUGAAACCCUGUCUCUACUAAAAAUACAAAAAAAUUAGCAGGGCGUGGUGGCGGGCGCCUGUAGUCCCAGCUAUUCGGGAGGCUGAGGCAGGAGAAUGGCGUGAACCCGGGAGGCGGAGCUUGCAGUGAGCCGAGAUGCUGCCACUGCACUCCAGCCUGGGGGACAGAGCCAGACUCUGACUCAAAAAAAAAAAAAAAAAAAGGAAAGAAAAGAAUGAGUCUAUUUCUUUGAAAUCUUAUUCAUUGUUAUGUAGAGUUUUUCAUUUUGGGUAACUGCAUUUUUCUCAAGAGUUUUCAGAAAUUACAAGAAUUUAAGUCUAUUUUUUGUUGUUGUUUUAACCGUGAAAAAAUUGAGAGAGCCGGAAUUUGCUUAGUCACUGUUUUGAAAUAAAACCUCAAAUAAUAUAUUCACAUACAUAUUAUUUUCCCUUCAAGUUUAAUUGCACACUGUGCUCAUUCAUAUUUUCUGAGUGUUCUCACUGUGGAUCCUCUAUCCAAAGCAGUUUUUGUGUAAUUGAGAAUAUUAUUAUAGAGGUAAAUGCAUGAUAUGAAUAAAAACAUAAUUGCUUGUUAUCUGGUUAGGUUGGUUUCUGAGAUGUUAUCUAAUUUAGGUUUCUUUCUUAAAAACCUAUAAUCUUUUCAUUCUACUUUUCUGGCAAACAUUGCAGAGAAUUUUUCCUGUACUUAGGGUUUUUUUUUUUUCAUAACUAUUUGUGAACCAUAUAUAUGCUAGUAGAUGUUGUUUUAUUUAAAUAAAUUUAAAACCUUCUUUGGAUUAAGAUGUAUAUAUCCAGCUCAUGCUCAUUUCUUGUCUGAGAACUUCUCUAUACUACCAAAGAGAGGUGAUCACUAGUGUGAUGCUUAUUCCAUUGCAGGCCUUCUUUUCUUACACAGUGCCCUACCCCCUGUUUUAUUUUGUUUUUUAAGAGAUGAGGUCUUGCCAUGUCACACGGGCUAGUCUUGAACUCCUGGGCUCCACUCAUCGUACCGCAUCAGCUUCCCAAAUUGUUGGGAUUACAAGCAUGAGCCCUGAUCAUUUUUUAUUGGUCCUGUGAUAGAUUCCUGAUUUAAGCUGGAAUAGCUACAUUCUCCAAACCUCUAAAUUUGUGAUUGAGAUAUAGUUCAUUUACUUUUUCCUCUUGAAUAAAUGUUGAACGUGGGCUGAGGUAGCCAUGUUCAUAAGUUUCUAGAUAGUGAGAAAAAGAGGGAGAUAAAAUGGAAGGAAAGAGUCAAAGUGAAAAGGAAUAAGAGUGGAGUAGGCGGAAGCCUAGAAAACAGUAGAGACUAAGAUAGCUACUUAGCUCUAGACCUGUCCACCUAAGUUCAGUUCCCCCGAAGUCUCCAAUGUCUAAUUGCCCUUGGGUUCUACAGUAAGACUCCAUUGGUAAUAGUAAAAUUCCUUUGUUUAACCUAUCUUGAAGGGGGAUUUCUUGAAAUCAAAAGAGACUUGAAAGGUAUGUAUAACCUUGAGUACUCAAUUAGAUUAUCUACCAUGAAACCCUGGUCUUUUAUUGCAUGCUUCUAUUAUUAACUUAAUGAAUGAAAUACAGGAUGUACAAGCCUAGAGAUAACAAAUCUAUACUAGAGGCUUAUGUAACAAAAUUUAAAUUUGUAAAUAAUUCAUGAGGUCUUUCAACAGAUAAAUGCUACAAAGGGCUUUAUGAAAUGUCUCAUUAACUUUAUCUCCAUUAUUUUGUAUGUCCCAUGAUUACUUUUUAAAUAAUACUUUUAGUUUAAAAAAUAAUAAUAACACUGAAAUUGUAAGUUUUGGGUGUCUGUACCUUUUCUCAGGAUCAUCAUACCCUCCUUAGCAGACUCGUUCUUUUAAAAAAUUACUUGCUAAGCUCAGUGUGAACAAAAUUAUUUUUGUCAUGUAAUGUAAAAUAUUCUUGCUCCAUAAAUAAUCCCAAUUUAUAGAUCAUAUGGAUAGAUUCAUGAUUUCAGUUAUAGUAAUAAAUAUUUAAUUAAUAUACUCUAUUGCUAGAAAGCCUCAUGAAAGAAAUUUAAGUGUCUGCCAAGCCUAAGAGCUAAGAUCUUAGAAAGAGGAAACUUUAUCCAAGAGAUGAAAGAUGGGAAUAAAAAACUAACUUUGAUUCAUUAGGUUACUGACAUAGGUACAAGCUUCUAUCCCAUUAAUAUUAAAAAAUGCAUAGACAUUCAGGACAUAUUUUCUUGGACAUGUAAAUCCAUAAUAGUGAAUUUGGAUCCAUGACCAAAAUAUUUCUAUAAGGAAAUUUGUCCAUCAGAUUUUGCCCAUGACUGGCAUGUUCUCAUAUUUUGAAAGUUUAAUUAAUCGAAUUUGUUUGUAUAGAAGAAAACAUUCUAAAGUAGAAUGUUGAUGUGAGUUAUUUAUACCUUAAGAGAAACCAAUAUGAACCACAAUUCUUACACUUGGCUCAUCCUUAGUUUUCUCAGUUAGCUAGAUAAUUAAUAGACACUAUUAUGUGUUGUGGCAUUCUAUUUAAACAUUGUGAGUAAAACAUUGGCUAAAGUUGGUACAGUUGGGAAGACCCCCAAGUCUCCCCCCCAAAAAUGUUUUCUCUUUCCUUAGAAGUAAAAAUUUCAGUUCCAUGCUAGGGUUUCAGGAUUCCAAUGAAUCCACAAGAGAUACAUGAUUGCUUACUAAAAAUGAGUUGAGAUCUUCUCCAGUCGGGAAUAUGCUUAAUGUGCUAUUUUAGGUGAACUUAACUUGUUUUCUUCUGCAUUUUACUUUUUACUUUAACUUCAGCCUUUAUAUCCAUGAUCUUGUCUGUCUCCCUCUUCAAGGUCUCAGUGACAGCUUCAACAUGUGUGUAUCUCAGUAUUAACAAUAGAUGGUGAUGCUCUUUAUAAAUUAUUUUAGAUACUGUAACAAGUCAACAUAACAAGCUCACAGUCCUUAGGCAAUAUUCACAAAUAAGUUAUCCACAACUCCUUAAGCUACCUAUUGAGUUUGCAUAAUAAACCAGCUUUAGCUAGUAUAUCACUUAAGUUAAUACUCCUGAAAUGUUAGAAUGAAUCUCUUCAUCUACUGUGCUAGCAGUCGUUAGAUACAUCAAAGAGAAGAGGCUUUCUUAACCGAAAAUUGCGUUGCUGCAAGGAAUGGUUCCCAGAGCAGAUUGCCUACUGACCCAACAUUGGCAUCCAGACCCUGAAUGCUGUUGGUGUUGGAGAAAUGGAGACUGAAAAGGAGCACUUUCCUAGAAUAAGGCAAGUGCUGCUUCUCUUUGUUACGCUGUCUCAGACUUGUGCGGAGUGGAACGUUUAUACUGUAGCAGAAGAAACA